UUGGAGGGCGGGGCGACUGCAAGACGUCAUCAACCCGGCACUUGCCAACAUGGAAGGUGGAGACAGCACAGUUUCCGUGGCAGGCCGUGGGGCUUCGGGUUCCGCAGCAGUGGCGGCGACCGUGCAGGCGCUCCUGCAGGACGACUGUUACAGUGAAUUUUUAAAUGAAGAUUUUGAUGUAAAAACUUAUACUUCCCAAUCUAUUCAUCAAGCUGUAAUUGCUGAGCAACUAGCAAAACUUGCCCAAGGGAUCAGUCAGCUGGACAGAGAACUACACCUACAGGUUGUUGCAAGACAUGAAGAUUUACUGGCACAAGCAACUGGGAUUGAGUCUUUGGAAGGUGUUCUUCAGAUGAUGCAGACGAGAAUUGGAGCUUUACAGGGAGCUGUUGAUAGGAUGAAAUCAAAAAUUGUUGAGCCAUACAAUAAAAUAGUAGCCCGUACUGCACAACUGGCAAGGCUUCAGGUUGCCUGUGAUUUGCUUCGGAGAAUAAUUCGCAUCUUAUAUCUCAGUAAGAGACUCCAGGGACAACUGCAAGGAGGAAGUAGAGAGAUAACAAAAGCUGCUCAAAGUCUCAAUGAACUUGAUUAUCUUUCUCAAGGAAUAGAUCUUUCUGGAAUAGAAGUAAUAGAGAAUGAUCUACUCUUUAUUGCAAGAGCUCGACUUGAAGUAGAAAAUCAAGCUAAGCGUCUGCUGGAGCAAGGUGUGGAGACCCAGAAUCCAACUCAGGUUGGAACAGCUCUUCAAGUUUUCCACAAUCUCGGGACCUUGAAGGAUACUGUUACCAAUGUUGUGGACGGUUAUUGUGCUGCUCUGGAAGACAGUAUCGGCAAUGCACUGGACGUCAAAGUUCUGACUCAGCCUUCCCAGUCAGCUGUGCGAGGAGGCCCCGGGCGAGCCACCAUGCCAACUCCAGGAAACACAGCAGCUUUUCGGGCUUCCCUCUGGACCAAUAUGGAAAAACUUAUGGACCACAUCUGUGCUGCUUGUGGACAGGUACAACAUCUACAAAAAGUACUAACCAAGAAGAGAGAUCCUGUUUCUCACAUUUGUUUCAUUGAAGAAAUAGUUAAGGACGGACAGCCUGAAAUAUUAUACAUGUUUUGGAAUGCGGUUACUCUGGCACUUUCUUCUCACUUUCAUACAGCAACAAACUCUUCUAUGUUUUUGAAACAAGCAUUUGAAGGUGAAUACCCUAAACUGUUACGUCUUUAUAAUGACUUAUGGAAGCGUCUUCAGCAAUCUAGUCAGAAUACCCAAGGAACUUUCAGUCCAGGUGGAACUCUUGACCUCUGUGUUGACCUCCCACACGUGGAAGAUGAUACCCAAGACAUGUUCAUCCUGAGAAGGCCAGACUAUGAUCCAGAAAAAGCUUUGAAAGAUUCACUGCAACCUUACGAGGCUGCUUAUCUCUCAAAAUCCCUAUCACGACUCUUUGAUCCCAUCAACUUGGUUUUCCCUCCCGGUGGACGCAAUCCUCCUUCCUCUGAUGAGCUCGAUGGAAUCAUCAAAACUAUAGCAAGUGAACUCAAUGUAGCUGCUGUUGAUAUAAACCUCACGUUAGCUGUGUCAAAAAAUGUGGCAAAGACCAUCCAGUUAUAUGCUGUGAAAUCUGAGCAGCUCCUCUCUACUCAAGGAGAUGCAAGCCAAGUGAUUGGACCUCUCACGGAAGGACAGAAGAGAAAUGUGGGCGUGGUGAACUCCCUGUUUAAGCUGCACCAGUCAGUAACAAAGGUGGUUGCCAGUCAGAGCUCAUUUUCAGCAGCAGCUGAGCAAACUAUAGUGUCAGCCCUAAAGACAAUUCAUGAUCUUAUGGGGAAUGCCAUACAGCCUUUGCUGACGUCAGUGGCAGAUGCAAUCGAGGCCAUAAUCAUCACCAUGCAUCAGGAAGAUUUUUCUGGGGUGUUAACCAGCUCAGGAAAGCCUGAUGUUCCUUGUUCCCUGUACAUGAAAGAGCUACAAGGUUUCAUUGCCAGGGUUAUGAAUGACUACUUUAAGCACUUUGAAUGCUUGGAUUUUGUUUUUGACAACACUGAAGCUAUUGCCCAAAGAGCCAUUGAACUUUUUAUACGCAAUGCCAGUCUCAUAAGGCCUCUUGGUGAAGGUGGGAAACUGCGACUCGCUGCUGAUUUUGCUCAGAUGGAGUUGGCUGUGGGUCCACUUUGCAGGCGAGUGUCGGAUUUGGGAAAGUCCUACCGGAUGCUGAGGUCAUUCAGGCCGCUGCUCUUCCAGACAAGUGAACAUGUGGCAGACAGUCCAGCAGUGGGAGACAUUAUACCAUUCAGCAUCAUCAUUCAGUUUCUGUUCACAAGAGCACCUGCUGAGCUGAAAUCCCCCUUCCAGAGGGCAGAAUGGUCCCAUGCGCGCUUCUCCCAGUGGCUGGAUGAUCACCCAUCUGAGAAAGACAGGCUCCUCCUUCUCAGGGGAGCUCUGGAAGCUUAUGUUCAAUCAGUGAGAAGCAGGGAAGGCAAAGAAUUCGCACCAGUUUAUCCCAUUAUGGUUCAACUGCUUCAAAAGGCUAUGUCUGCUCUUCAGUGACCUGCAGUCUCUGUGCACAGACCUGUCCAAAGAAAUACAGACCUAGGAGACUAAAAUGGAGCAGGCUGUAUUCCAGGCCUGAACAGCAAGAGCCAGUUAGAGGAGGGCAGCCAUUCAGCCCAGUACUCGUAGCAUUUAGGAAACUCAGGCAGAUGGAUCUUCAUAGAGGCAUACCUGAGCAACAUAGAAGCUUCAAGGCCAACCUGCGCUAAGGUGAGACUUUGUGUCCAAAAUUGGCUGUUGAAUGGAAUAACUUAAAACACAUAGCAAUUUGAGAAUUUGUAUAGAUACAAAAAGUUGUAAUAUAUACAGGUCCACCUAUGUACAGUUACUAUCUUAACCCACCCUUAUCAGUAAAGGCCAAAUUUUGUUAUACAAGUUCAAUUUAUAUAAGCACCAAAGAACCAAAACAAACUAGGCAUAGCUCUUCAACAAGCCUGGAGUUGGGGGAGUCCAUUGGCCCCCUUUAUAUGAAGAAAGAGGCCAGCCAAAAUAUACAGUGCCAUUCACACAAAGACAGUGCCUAGGAUCCAAAGCCGUUUCCUCACCCAUAUACCCCAUAUACCAGUACCUUCAUAAUUCCAAUGGCCAAAUUCAAAAGUAACCAAGCAGUCACCAUAUUAAUUAAAAUAUUAGCUGAAAAAUCAAAUAUAUACCAUACCCUAAAAAUAUACCCCAAAAGAAUCCUUUUGAUAAGGACUCUUUCUGACUAUAUUUUCUUGUCAGCACAAAACCUUUUAUUUAGCAACUUUCUCUAAAACAAAUUCUGGUAUAACAUCAAAGUAGAAAUAACGUGAAACAGGAGAUCAAGAAAGUCUCUGAAAACUCAGAGGCCGAAUGAACAAAGCAGGUCUAUACUAUUAACUGCCAACAGUAAAAAUGAGUUCUACCAGUUAGCAUGCUGUCUUUUUUCCAAAGGUAUUUAUUAGAUGAAAUAAAUGUAAAGAAAACUAUUAAGUUCAAAUUUUUCAUAUAAUCAAUGUUUAGAACUGGUAAGUCCUUAAGGCUUUGUUAGCUAUCUUAAGCCCUUACCAAAUAAAGUUUAAAAAAUUAUGAAAUCCAGUAAAAUACCAAUAGACUAGUGUAAGCUUGUUACUAAAAUUUGAAAAUUCCACCAUCUAGUGGCAGAAAUCUGUCAUCUAUUUCCCUGAGGAUACAAAUUAAUUUGGUUUCAUAAACUCAGUAACCAUACCUAGAACAAAAGGCCUAAAGCAAUGACCAUAUUCAUAGAUAGCGUAGCGUAAAUGCCUUGCUGUACCCUCUCUAUAAGCACUUGUUCUGACCAUGGGAACACCUUUAAUCCUAGUACAUGUUAGUAUCUUCAAACACCUUCCAUGUUUAGCUACUCUCUCUUUUAAAAAUUUACUUUAUUACUUCUAGCUAUGCAUUUGGCAUGUAUAUAUACAGACACCUUAUGGAGGCCAGAGGCAAUUUGGAACUGGAGUUACAGAUAGCUGUGAGCUGCCUGGUAUGGGUACUUAGACCAGCACCUGGGUCCUCUGGAAGUGCUCCUGGUGAGCCAUCUUCACCUGUUUCAUCACUACUCUUAAAAAAAAAAGCAUUCUACAAUAAUGUAGAGCCUAUUACUCAAGUCAUGUGUAUUAACACAUUUAGUCUUUUUACAUUAAUUA